AUGCUGAGCUCAGUCUGCGUCUCGUCCUUCCGCGGGCGCCAGGCGGCUAGCAAACAGCAGCCGGCGCCGCCGCCGCCGCCGUCCGAGUCCCCGCCACCGCUGCCCUCGCCGUCGCCGCCACCGCCGUUGCUGCAAGAGCAGCAACCUGCGCAGCCCGGCCCCGCCGCGUCCUCGGCGGGCCCCCCGGCACCCCGCGGGCCCGGGGGCCGGCGCGCCGAGCCAUGCCCCGGGCUGCCGGCGGCGGCCAUGGGGCGGCACGGCGGCGGCGGUGGCGACAGUGGCAAGAUCGUGAUCAACGUGGGCGGCGUGCGCCAUGAGACGUACCGCUCGACGCUGCGCACCCUGCCGGGGACGCGGCUGGCCGGCCUGACGGAGCCCGAGGCGGCGGCGCGUUUCGACUACGACCCGGGCGCCGAUGAGUUCUUCUUUGACCGGCAUCCGGGUGUCUUCGCUUACGUGCUCAACUACUACCGUACGGGCAAGCUGCACUGCCCGGCCGACGUGUGCGGGCCGCUCUUCGAGGAGGAGCUCGGCUUUUGGGGCAUCGACGAGACCGACGUGGAGGCCUGCUGCUGGAUGACCUACCGGCAGCACCGGGACGCCGAGGAAGCGCUCGACUCCUUCGAGGCACCCGACCCUUCCGGCGCCGCGAACGCUGCCAACGCCGCGGGCGCCCACGACGCGGGUCUGGACGACGAGGCGGGCGCGGGCGGCGGCGGCCUGGACGGCGCCGGCGGCGAGCUCAAGCGCCUCUGCUUCCAGGACGCGGGCGGCGGCGCCGGGGGCCCGCCAGGGGGCGCGGGCGGCGCGGGCGGCACGUGGUGGCGCCGCUGGCAGCCCCGGGUGUGGGCGCUCUUCGAGGACCCCUACUCGUCGCGGGCCGCCAGGUAUGUGGCGUUCGCCUCCCUCUUCUUCAUCCUCAUCUCCAUCACCACCUUCUGCCUGGAGACCCACGAGGGCUUCAUCCACAUCAGUAACAAGACAGUGACACAAGCCUCCCCGAUCCCUGGGGCUCCGCCAGAGAACAUCACCAAUGUGGAGGUGGAGACGGAGCCCUUCCUGACCUACGUGGAGGGCGUGUGCGUGGUCUGGUUCACCUUUGAGUUUCUCAUGCGCAUCACCUUCUGCCCAGACAAGGUGGAAUUUCUCAAGAGCAGCCUCAAUAUCAUUGACUGUGUGGCCAUCCUGCCCUUCUAUCUGGAGGUGGGGCUCUCCGGCCUCAGCUCCAAGGCUGCCAAAGACGUGCUGGGCUUCCUGCGGGUCGUCCGCUUCGUCCGGAUCCUGCGGAUCUUCAAGCUCACGCGGCACUUUGUGGGGCUGCGCGUGCUCGGCCACACGCUCCGCGCCAGCACCAACGAGUUCUUGCUGCUCAUCAUCUUCCUGGCCCUGGGCGUGCUCAUUUUCGCCACCAUGAUCUACUAUGCCGAGCGCAUCGGCGCCGACCCCAACGACAUCCUGGGCUCCAACCACACCUACUUCAAGAACAUCCCCAUCGGCUUCUGGUGGGCCGUGGUCACCAUGACAACCCUGGGCUACGGAGACAUGUACCCCAAGACGUGGUCGGGGAUGCUGGUCGGGGCGCUGUGUGCCCUGGCUGGGGUGCUCACCAUCGCCAUGCCAGUGCCCGUCAUUGUGAACAACUUCGGCAUGUACUAUUCGCUGGCCAUGGCCAAACAGAAGCUGCCCAAGAAGAAGAACAAACACAUUCCCCGGCCCCCGCAGCCUGGCUCGCCCAACUAUUGCAAGCCCGACCCGCCCCCACCCCCCCCACUCCCUCCUCACCAUGGCAGCGGCGGCAUCAGCCCCCCACCCCCCAUCACCCCGCCCUCCAUGGGGGUGACUGUGGCCGGGGCUUACCCGCCGGGCCCCCACACACACCCUGGGCUGCUCAGGGGGGGAGCGGGUGGGCUCGGAAUCAUGGGGCUGCCUCCUCUGCCGGCCCCUGGGGAGCCCUGCCCAUUGGCUCAGGAGGAAGUGGUUGAGAUCAACCGGGCAGAUCCCCGCCCCAACGGGGACCCUGCAGCUGCUGCGCUGGCCCAUGAGGACUGCCCGGCCAUUGACCAGCCCGCCAUGUCCCCGGAAGACAAGAGUCCCAUCACCCCUGGGAGCCGGGGCCGCUAUGGCCGGGACCGAGCCUGCUUCCUCCUCACCGACUACGCCCCAUCCCCUGAUGGCUCCAUCCGGAAAGCCACCGGUGCUCCCCCACUGCCCCCCCAGACUGGCGUAAGCCAGGCCCCCCAAGCUUCUUGCCCGACCUCAACGCCAACGCUGCGGCCUGGAUAUCCCCCUAGUGGACGAACCCCCUCCCCCCGGGCUCUUGUCACCGCCUGAGACCUCGUGAGACCCUCGAUCCCCCCCUGCCCCUUUCCCCCAGGUUAGCAAUUGGGAAUGGCUGGGAGGGGGUGACUCCAAGAUACUGGGCUUCUGACUCCCCGACCCAGGCCCUGUCUCCUCCUGUCAAGGUGCCCACAUCCAGACAGAUCCCUUGGUAGUGGCUAGGAAAGCCCUAGAACAGCCCAGAUACUGGCAGAACUCUCAAGACAUUCCUAAGUUUUCAAGAAACCCCACACCUGCCCCUAAGCCUUAGAUCCCUUGAGUAUCAAGACACUGUCAGGACCUUCCCAUCAGAAGGUUCCCAUCUGAAAGCCUUAGCCUUUAAAGACAGCCCAUUACAACCCUCGGUGAAGCCUUGCCAUAUCAGACUGCUCUUGGAGCUGUCCUUCAGCACCACCACACCGCGGCCCCACUCAGGGGGCACUGCUGACUUGCGCUCCAUUCAGCCCCUCACAGCCCACCCCCCCAUGCCC